AUGACACAAAUACACAAAGUAGGACCAUUUUUAAUUGGGAAUAAAUUGUUAGGAGAAGGUGCAACAGGAAAAGUCUUUUUAUCAUUUCAUGAAGAGACUAAUAUUAAAGUUGCAAUUAAAGUUAUUGAUAAAGUAAGUAUUUGCAGUCAUCCUGAAAAGAAAAGAAAGGUUGAGAGAGAGUUAGCAAUUCUCCGAAUUAUUCAUCACCCAAAUAUUAUUGACUAUUACGCAUCUUAUGAAACAACAAAACUACUUUUUUAUGUUCAAGAAUUAUUAAGUGGAGGAGAACUAUAUGCAUAUGUUGAGAAAAAGAAGAAAUUAUCAUUAGAAGAAUCAGUUAAGUUUCUUUUACAAAUAAUUUCUGCUUUAAAAUAUAUUCAUAAAUGGCAAAUAUGUCAUAGAGAUAUUAAGCUAGAAAAUAUUUUGUUAAGUCAAGAUUGUUCAACAGCUAAGUUAUGUGACUUUGGAAUGGCAACAUAUACUGGGGGAAUGCCUCUAAGAGAUUCUUGUGGUAGUACAUUUUAUGCUGCACCAGAAUUAUUUACUCAACCAACAUAUGAUGGAUGUGUUGCAGAUAUUUGGUCAUUAGGAGUUGUUUUUUAUGUUAUGAUUUUUGGAUUUAUGCCAUUUCCAGGUGAGACUGAUGAAGAAUUUGUUGAAAAUGUAAAAAAGUUAACAUACCAAAUUCCUUUUGAACUUCCACAUCCAAUCCAUGAAGCUUUAACUGGAAUGUUAUGUGGUGAUGUUAAACAACGUUUGACUUUAGAUAGAGUUAAAGUACUUAUUGAACCUUUUUCUCAAAUAACAACACCAGCCCGUCCAAUACCAUCGAAGAAAAUGAAUUAUUCCAUGUUUGAUAGUUUCCAAGAUUUAAGUAUAUCAAUUAAUGACACCGUUGUAAGAAAUAACCAAAAUUCAUUGGAAAAUGAUGGGAUUAUUGAAAAUGAACCAAAUAAAAUUGAAGAUAUUGAAACAAUUGCUGGUGGUCCAAUAACUAUUGUUGAUACUAAAGUUAUGCAAAUGUUAUCGUCUUUAUUAACUCCAUUACAUAUUUCUAAAAUAAGGGAAGAAUUAUUUGCUCCUAAUCCAAAUACCGUACGUGCUUUUUAUCGUUCUAUUACUGAACACACACAAAAUUCCUUAAAAACAUUAACUUCUUCAAAUUUAAAAAUAAAAACAGUUAAUACAAAUACUACACUAUUCCCUGUUUCUCCAUUACUUUCAGACCCUUCUUCUUAUAAAAAAAGUGUUUCUCCAGCAUUUUGUGAAUUACUUAAGAAGAAAAGGAGUUGUUCUCCUAUUAACAUUAAAUAUAAAGAAACAGUCUCUCCUCCUUCUUCUGUUAAUAUCCCUCAUGAAAUUGAUGUUUUCCUUUCUCCAAUAGAAGGGCCUUUUAUUCACCAAGCAACUAUUGAUAUGACACCUUCAAAAGCAAUAAUCAAAAUCAAUGAGAUAUUAAAAGAACUUGGCAUUGAGAUUGAACAUCAAAUCACUGUUGAUAAUAUUGAAAAGUGUUUAUAUCACUAUGACGUUGAUGAUUCUUUAAAUAAAAAUAAAGCUGCUCUCAGUCAAAUUAUAUUUACUAUUCUUAUCAGCGUCGGAGAUACUUCUGAUAUUGACGUCAGGUUCGAAGAUAAAACUAUUAUUAAAUUUGAACUAUCCGAAGGAAGUGCUUUGGUAUUUGGAGAUUUAUGGAAUGUGAUUAAAAGACAAUUAUUAGAACAUGAUAGUUUUCCUAUUGAAUAA